UAUGUCCUGACAUAAAAAUUUCAAAUUUGGUGUAGUGUCCAAGUUUAAAGUGUGGUGGUCAUCCAAAGAAAAAAUGACGACAACAAUAAACAUACUCCGUUUCAUAACACUUUUCGUGUUGGUUAUCUCAAUUGCAACAAUAAAUUGCCAAUGGAGUCGUUCCAGUGGAGCCGCAAACACUGGACGUUAUGUACAAAAAAGUGGUCAAUGGAAUCCUGGUCGAAGAUCUACAAAAUCAAGUUCUGAAGAUGGUGAAUUAAAACUAUUGCAUGUUAUUUUCCGUCAUGGACAAAGAACACCUGCUGAUACUUACCCAAAAGAUCCAUUAGCCAGUUAUGGUUUUGAACCUUAUGGCUGGGGACAAUUAACAAAUGCAGGAAAAUUACGACUCUAUGAAUUGGGAUUAUACUUACGUAAACGGUACGAUUCAUUUUUGGGUGAUUUAUACUCACCGGAAAUAUGCUAUGUACAAACUACCGAUGUGGAUCGCACAAAGAUGUCAGCUGCUUUAAUUGCGGCUGGUUUGUAUCCACCAAAUGAGGCAACCAAAUGGGGUCCACUAGAGUGGCAACCAAUUGCUGUGAAUUCUGAGCCUUUGAAUCAAGACUCAUUGUUGUUAGUACGUGUACCAUGUCCAGCCUAUAGCAUUGAACGGGAACGUGUUGAAAACUCACCAGAAGUACAAAAAGUUUAUGCUGACAAUAAGGAAUUAUUCACGAAAUUGAGUGAAUUUACUGGGCGUCCAGUGAAAAAUGCUGAAGAUAUUUUAGAUAUUCAAGGAACUUUAAGUGCAGAAAAAGAAUUAAACUUGACUAUUCCAAAAUGGGCUGAAGAAUACUACGAGAAAUUGAUUCCAUUGACUGAAUACUCUUUCACUCUUAACGCUUACAAUGAUAAAAUGAACCGUUUGAAAGGAGGUGUAUUCGUGAAAAAAGUAUUAGGUGAUUAUCAAGAUGUUGUAAGCAAUAAGCUUAAACCAAAAAAUCGUAAAGUAUUCUUAUAUGGAGGUCACGAUUCAACAAUCGCUAAUGUAUUAUCAACAUUAAAAGUAUGGGAUCCACAAGUACCCGGCUAUGCAAUCACCAUCUUAAUGGAACUUCGUAAGAAGAAUGCUCAAUAUGGAGUGAAAUUAUUCUUGAAAAACGAUACACUCAGCGACCUACAUCCAUUGACAAUUCCAGGCUGUGAUACUUUCUGUCCAUUAACAAAAUUAGUCCAACUUACAAAACCAGUAAUUCCAGAAAACUGGGAGGAAGAAUGCAAAACUGAUGAUCCAAAUUAUGUACCACCACCACCAAGUGGUCCAUAAAAAUUUGUACAUUUUCUAUGAAAAUAUAAUUUUUCUAUUUUAACGUA